UUUCGUUCAGCACCAUUCACACCCAUAUUCGCACUGGUGUGAUAGAACCCGCUCAUCAUGUGAUUCAUCAUAUCACGCUCGAUGGUCGGAUGGUGUGCAUUAGCGGCAACUUCAUCCGAAGUGUCCGCAAUGGUAGUCAACACCGAUACAAUUACGUUUAGGUAUAUUUGCGCCUUAUAAAUGAAAUGAGUAAUGGAACACCUGCUGUUGGUGUUUAAAAUAAAAAUAGUCUUAUUAGUCUAAAAGUUAAAGUUGCUUAAUGUUAAGCUAACGCUACCAGAGCGAAUGGGAACGUUCCCGGUCUCUAUCUUUUAACAUCACUCUCAAGCAAAAUGAAGUGAGUCGCCAUACUACAAGUAAUUUAAUAAAAAAGUUUGUUCAAUAAAUUUUAGCUGCUCCAUCGAUAUAACGAAGCUGCAAAAUUAUUAAAGCAAGAUUUACAUUUCGUUUCCCUUUUGAUAUUGAUACUUCCUGAACAUGAACUCAUGCCUCGAAAGACUGGUUUUACAAACGUUCGGAGUUAUUUAACCUACAUCUUCGUUUUUGGCACUCGAAAGCAACAUUUCUUUCGAUGGUAAAGACUGUAGCACCUGAUUAUCGUAUCGACAGAUCGGCUUAUCAAGUUUCUUACCAUGGAAGUACAUCGAUAAGAAAUCUUUCUUCGAACAAACAUUUUCGUAUAAAAACGCUCCAUCUUCAAACAAGCGUGGUCACUUCAUUCCGUGAUAGGAUGAAAUCCUUCGUGCUUCUCAUCGGUCUUCUGGCCAUUGCCAGCACCGAAUGGAUUGAUAUCGAUUGGUCCAAGGUGCGUCCGGUUGAAGAGUUCGAUCACUACUGGAAUCGUUUGCCGGCCGAACUGCAAGUCUACCGUAAGAUGCGUCUCUCGAAUCGUAUCACCAACGGACAGGUAGCUACACCCGGUCAGUUCCCGUUCCAGACUGUUCUGCUGAGUGAAUUUGAGACGGGAACAUCACUUUGCGGUGGUUCCGUAUUGACCAGAAACUUUAUCCUGACCGCUGCUCACUGCGUUGUGGGCGAACAAGCAUCGACAUUGGCUCUCGGUGGUGUUGCAAUCUUGGGAGCACACAAUCGAACCGUUCGGGAGGAUUCACAGCAACGUAUUCGAUUCACGACCAAUGGAAUUCUUCGUCAUCCGCUGUACGUUGCUUCCAAUCUCCGGAAUGAUAUUGCCAUCGUACGUCUGGAGUCUUCGAUCUUCUACACCGAUCGUAUUCAGCCCAUCCGUUUGCCAGCCCGUUCGGACGUUCGACAGUUUGCAGGAUUCAUCGGAACGGUGUCCGGGUACGGACGUACCUCGGAUAGCAGUUGGGCCAUCUCAGAUGUGCUGAGAUAUACGAGCAACGCGAUCAUGACCAACGCUGAAUGUAUUGGUCGCUGGGGUUCCGCCAAUAUCGGGAACCAGAACGUGUGUCUCUGGGGCACGGGUGGACGUUCGUCCUGCCAUGGUGAUUCCGGAGGUCCACUCGCCGUCCCAGAUGGUGGUGGACCGCUUCAGAUCGGCGUAAUUUCCUUCGUAUCUGCUAGCGGUUGUGCCGUCGGUAAGCCAUCGGUAUACACUCGUGUCUCCUCCUACGUGGACUGGAUUGCAGCUUACUCCGAUUAUAUUGGACGACCGCAAAUCUUUCUUGGUUGAUUGAUAGCAUCACUUUACCCUCGAUCUUCAUCAUUAGAAUCUACUGCACUUUGAGAUCAUGUUGGCGGGUGGCGGGAACUAUAAAGUUAACUAUAUCCGACAUACUCAAGGUGUCUUUAGAUGCCUGUUACCGUAGAAGCAUUCAUUUUUAAUAUUUAUUUCUUUAUUUAGCAUAAAAAUUAGAAAAUAUUAAUGAUUCUUUUUUUACGCUUAAGCAAUACUAGUGAUACUAAUAAUAAAACAAUGUUCCCUCCAAAAGUUGCUCUAAUUAAAACUCAUGUAAAAUUUCAAUUACGAACGAACAAGCACUUUCCCAAAAACUUUGCCCAACGAUUCCCCUCCCACUGGCUGCCUAUCUUCCCCUUCAGUGUAUAAGGAAGAGCGUUACUAAGGGAAACUUCCCUCGUUAAUAAAAAUCUCCUUACCGUCCGUAUUUCUACCCUAGCAAAAACAAAAAAGUCCUGCAAAUAUGGCUGCCUUCCUGCGUGGAAGAAAUGAAUAGCAAAUACUUUUAUUGUUUUCAUUUUUUCCAUCGCACGCUUGUUAUCGUAAAAAAACUCCCCGUAGUCAAACUCCUCAUGGUCCGGAAAACGCGGCUUUCCCGGCUGGCGAUGAUGAUGGUCCGAGAUGGCGGUGUUUUACAAAAUGUAACGUCGGUAUGCCAAGCGUACCACGAACGGAAAAACCUCAUUAUUUCCUUGGAGUCCUCACAGAUCCCCACCGUCCCUCCAGCGGUAGGAGAAGUUUUCCCUUUACAGGGAUAAGAGCAUUUCCUUUUUAUUUUCUCGUCCGAAAACUAAUACCACCUUGAAAAGUGUCCCGGUGCACGGGAGUGUACGUGCAAUUGACCAACUUCGUCAGUACACACUGAUGGACCGUUGGCAGAAAAUUCAUAGU